AUGGCCUCUGUCUCUGAGCUCGCCUGUAUCUACUUCGCCCUCAUCCUUCACGAUGACGAGGUGAUGGUCACGGCCUUGGCCAAUGUCAACAUUGGGAGCCUCAUCUGCAACGUAGGGGCUGGUGGACCUGCUCCAGCAGCUGGAACCGCACCAGUGGGUGGUCCUGCCCCCUCUACCGCUGCUGCCCCAGCUGAGGGAAAAUUCUUGGAAGCAAAGAAGGAAGAAUCUGAGGAGUCUGAUGAUGAGAUGGGUUUUGGUCUUUUUGACUAAGCCUCUUGAUAACAUGUCCA